AUGUUGCGCUUCACACGUGCCUCUUUCACUGGCCGCGCGAUGAUCUCGCGCGGUAGUCCUGAGUGGUCCCACCGCCUUGAUCUCAAGAAGGGCAAGAAAACAACGCUGGCGCACAAGCUCGGCACAAGCAAGCCCAACAACGCCUUGCAGUACGCGCAAAUGACGUUGCACGACUUGACAGAGUGGGUCGUGGCCUACUCGCCGUGGCCGCUAACCUUUGGUCUUGCCUGCUGCGCCGUGGAGAUGAUGCACUCCUACUCGUCGCGCUACGACUUAGACCGAUUUGGUAUUGUGCCGCGUCCCUCGCCUCGUCAGGCGGAGAUCAUUAUCGUCUCCGGCACCGUGACCAACAAGAUGGCACCGCUGCUGCGCAACAUCUACGUUCAGAUGGUGAACCCAAAGUGGGUGAUUUCGAUGGGUAGCUGUGCCAACGGCGGUGGCUACUACCACUUCUCCUACGCCGUACUCCGCGGCUGCGAGCGGGCGAUCCCGGUCGACUUCUGGAUUCCUGGCUGCCCGCCGUCGGCCGAGAGCCUCGUAUUUUGUCUGCACAACCUGCAGAAGAAGAUCCGCUGGCACGAGAUUCAAAAAUACUCGGUGCGGUAA